AUGGCCAUGAAAGAAGAGCUAGGGCUUGGGGAGAAGUUUUUGGAGAAGAAAAGUGAUUCAGAUGAGAUUGUUGAGAAGGAAGAAUCACUAAGAAAAAGGGUAUGGGAAGAAAGCAAGAAGAUUUGGAGAGUAGCAGGGCCUGCAAUAUUCACAAGAUUUACAUCAUUUGGCAUAAAUGUUAUAACUCAAGCUUUUAUUGGUCGCACAAUUGGUUCAACUGAACUUGCUGCAUAUGCACUUGUUGGAACUGUUCUAAGCAGAUUUGUAACUGGUGUAUUGCUUGGGAUGGCAAGUGCAUUGGAAACACUUUGUGGACAAGCAUAUGGAGCAAAACAAUACAGCAUGCUUGGAGUGUAUCUACAAAGAUCUUGGAUAGUAUUGUUUUCCACAACAAUCUUACUUCUGCCUCUUUACAUAUUUACAACACCAAUUUUAGAGGCAUUUGGACAAGACAAAAAAAUUGCACAAGUGGCAGGAACAAUUUCACUUUGGUCAAUAGGUGCUGCAUUUUCUAUGUGUGUGUCAUUCACUUGCCAAACAUUCUUGCAAGCACAAAGCAAGAAUGUGAUUAUUGCUUAUUUAGCUGCAUUUUCUGUUUCUAUUCACCUUUUUCUGUCUUGGCUUUUGACUGUUAAGUAUCAGUUUGGACUCAGUGGUGCAUUGACAUCAUUACUAUUAGGAGUAUGGUUACCAAAUAUAGGUCAACUCAUUUUCAUCAUGAAAAAAUGUCCUGAUACUUGGAAGGGUUUCUCAAUAUUGGCUUUCAAAGAUCUUUGGCCUGUUGUAAAGCUCUCUGUCUCAUCUGGAGUCAUGUUGUGUCUUGAGGUAUGGUACAGCACAAUUUUGAUUCUUUUAACUGGCAACAUGAAAGAUGCUGAGGUUGCCCUUAAUUCUCUGUCCAUAUGCCUAAAUAUCAGUGGUUGGGAAUUGAUGAUUGCCCUAGGGUUUUUUGCUGCAGCUGGUGUUCGAGUGGCAAAUGAACUUGGAAGAGGAAGUUCAAGAGAUGCAAAAUUUUCAAUUAAGAUAUCAGUUCUCACAUCAUUUGCCAUUGGAUGCAUUUUUUUCUUUGUCUUCUUAUUCUUGAAGGAAAGACUUGCUUACAUUUUCACUACAAAUCCUGAUGUGGCUGAUGCUGUUGGAGAUUUAUCAUCUUUGCUUGCAUUUUCAAUGUUAUUGAAUAGUGUCCAACCUGUGCUCUCAGGAGUUUCUGUUGGAGCUGGGUGGCAAAGGAUUGUAGCAUAUGUAAACAUAGGUUGUUAUUACCUAAUUGGUAUUCCUGUUGGAGUAGUGAUUGGUGUUGUUUUGAAUUUCCAUGUCAAGGGUAUUUGGAUUGGGAUGUUGUUUGGAACAUUUGUUCAAACCAUAGUGCUUAUUAUCAUCACUCUUAAAACUGAUUGGAACAAGCAGGUAGAGAUAGCCCAACAGAGAGUUAAUAGAUGGGCAACCGUUGAUAACCAAGAAUCAAAUGACAGUGGAACAAGUCUCUUAGCUAACCAAGAAUAG